AUGAGCAAGCGCGUACUCAUCUUCCUCGUCCCUCUCUUUCGCCAUGUCAUAGCAGCCGUAGUCUCCAAAGUCACCAAACCAGAAUCACUGUCUCCGGACAACCCACAAGGCGAAACGAGUUCAGCUACUUUCUGGUGGAAACUCGGUGUUUCUGCCGUCUUGGUUCUCAUGGGUGGUGUAUUUGCUGGCCUCACGCUCGGCUUGAUGGGUUUGGAUGAACUACAUUUGCGAGUUCUCUCUGCUAGUUCGGACGAUCCGAAGGAGAAGAGGAAUGCUACCAAAGUCUUAUCUUUGAUGAGGAAAGGUAGACACUGGGUUCUGGUUGUCCUCUUGCUCAGCAACGUCAUUAUAAACGAAAGUUUGCCCAUCUUUCUUGAUAGUGCUAUUGGUGGAGGUAUCGCCGCGGUGGCGAUCUCUACGGCUGCUAUCGGUAAAGUGAUUCCUCAAGCACUAUGCGCACGGUAUGGUCUUUCGAUUGGUGCCACCUGCGCACCAUUCGUCUUGGGUCUUAUGUGGAUUAUGGCUCCCAUUGCAUAUCCCAUAGCCAAGCUUCUUGAUUGGACACUCGGCGCUAACGAGGCACACACGUACAAGAAGGCUGAACUAAAGAGUUUUUUACAAUUCCAUCGAACUGGCGAGGAACCACUUCGAGAUGACGAAAUCAGCAUUUUGAAUGGCGUUUUGGAGUUGAACAACAAGAGCGUCGAACAGAUCAUGACAGCGAUGAAGGACGUCGUGACGCUUUCGGCUAACACGAUUUUGGAUCAUGACACGUUGGAUCAUAUUUUGUCGAGCGGGUUUUCGAGAUUCCCAGUCCACGAGCCUGGAGACAAACUUGCGUUCAUCGGCACUUUAUUGGUCAAGAAGCUUUUACAAUAUGAUCCGUCCCAAAGGUUGCCGGUUUCGAAAUUCCCUUUGUCGAUCUUACCUGAAGCACCUGGUUCUAUCAAUUGUUUUCAAGCCUUGGAUUACUUCCAAACUGGACGUGCACAUCUAUUGCUGAUAAGCAAGACACCAGGAAUUGCAGGCGGAGCAGUUGGAGUAGUCACCCUUGAAGAUAUCAUCGAGGAAAUCAUUUCAGAGGAGAUCGUGGAUGAGACGGAUAGGUAUGAAGACAAUGUAUCAAAGAGAAAGGCCAGACGGGCGACGACAGCUACUAUCAUGCGAGGGAUUGUUGAACGUGGGCUAAAGAGACGGGAUUCCGGUGGUGCCUCCCCAAGGCUUGGACCGGACGACAGUACUUCACAAAACAGGAUAUCUUACGCGAACGUAGCCAACAGAGUCUUACAGGAAGAGCCACCUCAAGAGGAGGAUGAGGAGGGGCAAGAUACGGAAAGGCGCCCAUUGUUAGGGAACGGUGUUAAAAGUUUCUACGGUGCUUCGGGGAUUAGUGAGAGUCCUAAGGGAACGUAG